GUUUGUAGAUUGAUGAGGAGAAAAAUGUAUUUAAUCCAUGUCAGAAUAAGGCUGUAACGUAACAAAAUGUUGGAAAAGGGGAAGGGGUCUGAAUACUUCCCGAAUUCACUGUAUAUUUCAAAUAGUAUGUUGAAACAAUGUUGAAAUAAACAUGUCUUCAUUUUCACACAGUCAGAAACUAUAAAUAGAUGUCUACAUUUUACAAUCAAUUAGUAAAAAGAGAUCCUCAAAUAUCACCUUCAUUAGUAACUAACCAUUGUUUUGCAAAGUUGGUUCCUGUUGAAGUGUUUGGUCCUGUUCGUAUUUGGUCAAACAGAAACACUCUGAUGAUUGGUUGACCCAAUAGAACCUUCCACAAUUUCAGCCAAUGGCUGUAAGUUACAGCUGGGGAUGGAGGAACUGUGUGCAGUCGACUGUCUGCAAUUGACUUUAUGAUCUUUGAUCAAAUGGUUGUUUUUUAAAGUUCAUGUAGGCGCAAGAUGGACACUUUUUAUCCCCAUAAUGCAUCACAAUUUGAAAAGGCGGUGACUUUUCCGCUCGAACGAGCCCAUUGCCAUAACAUGUGCAAAUACCUGUCCAAGCAUUGUAAACUCAGUCAGGUGUCAGCAACGUCUGAGCAGAGAAACGCGCCCAAAGACUGCAGGUGGGGGCAUUUAAAGAGCUAGCCCCAACCCUUUUCAGGUGAAUGAGGUGGACUGAGGUGUGGCAACCAAUAAUGCUGUGUUCGUAACCAAGUGGGAGGUCGGGAUUUUCCAAUUGUGAAGUAGUAAAUACCAGUUGAAUGGCCGUUCAUGUGGAUUUUUUUUCCCAGUCGUAUGUGGUAAGUUCCCACUUGGUUAUGAAUGCAGCGAACUGAUAACUAACCCCAGAUGUGUCAUUGGCGUUGUUUCUAAUGGGAACAAAGUUGUAAUCGUGCCUCACAUUCAUCACAUAUCGUGCCUCACAUAGUUAUCAUCUUGCUCCUUCAGCACUUCAGCAAAUCUUUCCCAAACUUCACUUUUGUGACCCUCCCGGUCUCUUUAUUUUCAACUCUCCAUUUCGCAGAUUUUCUUAAUAAAUUAAUAAACAAUUACCUGUGUGUUUGACUGAAUGACAAAAUAUUGCUGAUGUUAAGUAGUAUAAUUUUAUUUAACUCGGCAAGUCAGUUAAGAACAAAUUCUUAUUUACAAUGACGGCGUACCAAAAGGCAAAAUGCAGGACGGGAGAUAGAACAAAUAUAUAGGACCAAACACAUCACGACAAGAGAGACAACACAAUCCUACAACACGUACACUACAUAAAGAGAGACCUAAGACGACACACAUGGCAUGGCAGCAACACAUGACAACAACAUGACAGCAGCACAAGGCAUUGUACAAACAUUAUUGGGCACAGACAACAGCACAAAGAGGAAGAAGGUCGAGACAACAAUACAUCAAGCAAAGCAGCCAUAACACUGACAAUUGACGUUAUAUUGUCGAGAUUGGAGUUAAAUCCCUAACUAGGUAUUCAUUUAUUAACAUUUUAUUCAUUAAGCAGACUCAUAUCAAACAACCCUGGGCGUUGCGUGCGCCAUGCUUUACCAACUGAGCUACACGGAACUAUUCUACCAGUAUCUAUUAAUAACGUACAUAUUCAUAUGUAGCUACAGGUCUGCAUUAAACUAUUCUAACAGUAUAUAUUCAUAAUGUACAUAUUCACAUGUAGCUAUAGAUCUGCAUAUACGAAUGUUUUGGCUGUAAGAAGUCAGACAAAACAUAUUUGCUCAUCUUUAAAUAAAUAAACAAUGUAGUGAAUAUUUUUCUAAACUGCGUUACCCAUUUCAUUCAACUGACUGCGAUAUGCGACCUUCAUAUGGUGACGUCAUAUCUAAUGGACCAACACGACACCGGAAGCUGUUUCACCAACACGAAUACUGACUCAUUCAACCACCUCUUUAGCCCUGUAGCCAACAUACAACCGAAAGCAUUAAAGCUCUUUAGACCAUUUUUUGUGUAAAUUGAUCUCGGUGUUUUUAACACACCGAUCUACUAUUUAACUUAAACGUAACUUACUUGUUCAAUUUACAAAUGUGUUGAUUAUACUUAACCUAAGCUAAUCGUCAAUGCUAGCUAGCUAGCCCACCAUGAGCUCUCCAAGCUACUCUCCUCUUGCUAAAGAAGAGGUCUGCUGGACGGAGAAAGAGGGUCUGUGGCUGAACAUUGUCGUGAAAGAAGAGGGGGAGGAUGUUUCAGUAAAAGGAGAGGAAGAAGCUUUCAGAAUGAAAGAGGAGGAAGAGGAGGCUAUCAGUAUCACAUUGAAAGAAGAGGAAGAACCUUUUGGAGUGGAAGAGGAGGCUAUCUCAAUAAAAGAGGAGGAAGACGCUUGGAGAGAUGAAGAGGAGACUGAAGAUCUGAUUAACACCAGAGAGAGACCAAACUCUCAUGAUGACAGCGGGAAGAGUCCUUCAGGGAAACCAGACCCGGCGACACCCAAACCAACGAGACGACAUCAGUGCUCCCACUGUGGAAAGAGUUUUCCCUGGUUAAAGGCCCUGAAGCAGCAUAAGAAAAAACACUCUGGAGAGAAGCCUUAUCGCUGUUCUCAAUGUGGAAUGACUUUUACCUGGGCAGGAAGCCUAUGGGGGCAUAAGAGAAUACACUCCGGAGAGAAGCCUUACCACUGCUCCCACUGUGGAAAGAGUUUUAGGAAGUUAGGUGACCUGAAGGCGCAUGAGAGGACACACACAGGAGAAAAGCCCUACCAAUGCUCCCAGUGUGGAAAUAGUUUUAGCAAGCUAGGGAACCUAAAACAGCAUAAAAGAACACACUCAGGAGAAAAGCCCUACCAAUGCUCCCAGUGUGGAAAGAGUUUUAGCCAUUCAGGGAGCCUUAAAGACCACGAGAGGAGACACAGACAAGAAAAACCCUACCAAUGCUCCCUGUGUGGAAAGAGUUUUAUCAAGUUAGGGGCCCUGAAUCGGCAUGAGAGGACACACACUGGAGGGGAUAAAACGUACCACUGCUCCCUGUGUGAAAAGAGUUUUAACCGGUUAAGACAUCUGAAUAAGCAUGAAAUAAUACACACACAGGAGGAGAAGACAUACCACUGCUCACUGUGUGGAAAGACAUUUUCCCAGUCAGAGGACCUGAAAUCACAUGAGAGAAUAGAGAGGCUGUGUUCUGACUUGUGCUUUUAACUGAGAAUUAGUGUUUUUUGUUUCAUGCCACAUUAAAUCAUAUUGUUUAUGAUUUAACCUGUCUUUAUAAUACAUAACUGUACUAUAACACACACAGGAGAGAAAACCUUCCAUUGUUCUCAUUGGCUUUUGACUGAGAAUUUGUGUUUUUUGUUUUUUAUAACCCACUGUUGGGUUUAGAUUUUUAAACUUUAAAUAUUGUUAAUCAUCCGUUUUACGAGAGACAUAAGGGGUGCCAUAGUCUGGUUUCUACAACCGAAGUUAAUGGUUAUGAGGAAUGUAUAUAUGGUGGGUUCAGUUAAGCUUGGAAUGUGUUGAAUGAAGGGAGGACAAUCACAUGCUGGUGGAGAGAUGUGGAUUAGUGAGGAAGGGAGCCGAGGUCAGGUCACAAUGAAGGGAGAAGGAACAGUUUAUCACCCACGUCACUUAACUUCCUGCCUAGCAACAAAGAUGUAAUGUCUAGAGAAAAGGACGAGACUCCACCCAGAUUGGGGUAUAUAUAUACAUAUUUACACAUAUAUAUACAUACAUACAUACAGUGCCUUGCGAAAGUAUUCGGCCCCCUUGAACUUUGCAACCUUUUGCCACAU